AUGUUUCUUUUAAAAAAAGUAGGUUAAGCCUUAUGUAAAAAUACCAUUAAUGUGGUUAAAUAGCAACCCUUGCAAUAACAAUCAAAGCAAAUGAUUCAAAGCUCAUUUGAUUUUAAUUCUUUGAUAUUUAUGCCUUACUAAACUUUUGCUUUUGCAUAAUUCCCAAAAAUGUUUAAGACAUAAUACAAAAAAGGUAGAUUAAGCUCUAGAUUUAGAACUAAAAGUUCUACUUGGAAGAGAGGCCCUAAAACUGUUUUAAAAGCUCACAAAUAAUCAAAUCAUAGUGCUUUAUUGAAGAGAAUUAGAAUCGUUGGUCCUUCUUGGGAUAGAAAAUUGAAGUUUAAGAGUGCUAAUCAUCGCCAUUAAUUGAGAAAGAAAAGUAGAGCUUGUUUAAAGAGAAAGAGAAGAGCUAGAUAUGCUCACCCUACCGAUUUUAAAAGACUUAGAAGAUUAAUUCCUUCUCUUAAGAAGGCUAGCUUCAAGAAUAACCAUUGA